CAUUCAUAUUUCCUCUCCCUCUCUCUCUUUCUCUCAACAUACACCGCCAUCUCUCUCUCUCUCUCUCUCUCUCUCUCUUAAAAAACUCACCCUCAAAACCCACCCUCCAUCUCUCUAGCUCUGUCAUGGAAAACCGAUUCAAGCUACGAAUCUCCCGCAUGUUCCGAGCCUCAUUCGGUUCGUGUCGGACCCGAAACAUCUCUGACGUAGUUGAGAAGGCCGUGUUUUCCCCACAAAACCACCAAAACUUCCACAUGAUCGAGCCCUUAUCCCCUAAGCCUCGACCUUUUCCCUCCAUUUGCGGGCCGAAACCGUUUCAAAACCAGGAAAACUGCAUAAUUCCAGCUAGAAAUUUGUUCCCAAGAAGAAAAGUCUCGGAGCCAUUUUCGCCUUUCGCUUCGGCCAACCCGGAUGGACGAAACUGCCCUCCCGCGUCUCCAACCUCGCCCUUGAAUCCCUUCUACGGCCAGUUCAAACAGAGGAAGGGCUCGGAGAGAACUAAGAGUAAGAAGAAAAAGAAGACGACCCAGAUGAAGAACAAGCACAUAGAACUCUUUCCCCUCACCUGGUCUUCUAAGGACAAGAGUUUUGGUGGGUGGUGGUAUAGCAGCGAUGAAGAAGAGACCGACACCCUUUUCUCUUCCAAGAGCCUCUCUUCCGAUUCAUCCGAGUCUCGACGACGUCGUUCUCGUCGGAAAAGGCACGAGACUCGGCGGAGAAGGGCGGGGGCUUGGAGUUCCGAAAUCGAUCUUGUGCCAAUGCAGGGGAGAGUGAAGGAUAGCUUUGCGGUGGUGAAGAGGUCCAGCGAUCCGUACAACGAUUUCAGGACGUCAAUGGUGGAGAUGAUAGUUGAGAAGCAGAUAUUUGCGGCUAAGGAUUUGGAGCAGCUCUUACAGUGUUUUCUGUCGCUCAAUUCUAUUCAUCACCAUAGGGUCAUUGUGGAGGUUUUCACAGAGAUUUGGGAGGCUCUGUUUUGUAAUAGAUCUUAACUCUUGAAGAAAACUGUCUCUGUUUUCUGUGUCUGUUUGUGUUUCUACGAAAAAUUAGUUAAGAGUUCUAACUUUAAUCAACUCUCUGUUAAUGUGAUUUUUCCUUU